AACUUUUAUAACUUACGAAAACAACAUGGCUGCCGGAUCAGUAGAUAUUUUACCACAAGCAGUUGAGUUUGUUUUAGACAACUGGACUGUAUUACAACUAGCUGUACAGCAUGGGUUUGGUGGAGCCGAUAGUAGGGAUAAAGUAUUUUGGUUUAAGGAUGUCAUAGUUCAGGUUUUAACUGAUAAUCAAAYAGUAGAAUGUGAUGAGUUAGAGGACUAUAUUAGUGAAAUCUUAUAUAACGAAUUUGAUACGGUUGUUGAAGAUGGUAGCUUAGAAAAGAUAUCUCAAAAACUUUGUCAAUUUCAAUCCCAAUGGAGAACUGGAAAGACAGAAAAUAUACAAAAAGAAAUCCAGUCUAUAUCACCAGUAAAGCUAACACAGUCUGRCAAAGCUGAAGAAAAAGAGGAUGAUUGUGAUGAAGACAUGGAUGAGACCUUGGAGUCCAGUCAGCAGUGUACAUGUGAAGCUGCUACUAGCUCCARUACGUCAUGUCUUCACUGCAAUAGCAUCCAAGAAGGAAUUGGAAACCUCAGCAUUACAUCAAAUUUACAAGAAAUGUCACAAAAUAAAGCUGAAGUUAAAAAUGAUGAGGAAGAAGAAGGAUGGGAAGUCGUGCGGAGAUCAAAAAAACGUUAAUUAUAUUGUAUWACUAUUUUUAAGACCCCAUCAAUAUUUGAUAAACCCAGCAAUAAAAUACGGUUUCUUUAAUUCAA